AUGUCCUGGCAAGCGUACGUCGAUACCAACCUCAUCGGAACUGGCAAGAUCCAGAAGGCCGCCAUCAUCGGUCUCGCAGGGGGUGUUUGGGCAUCGUCUCCGGGCUACACUCUCUCCGCAGAGGAGCAGAAAGCCAUCGUGACCGGGUUCGAGAACCCCUCCUCGCUGCAGUCCAGCGGCGUCCGCCUCGCAGGACAGAAGUUCUUCACCCUCCAGGCGAACGAGCGCAGUAUCUACGGCAAGAAGGCGGCCGAUGGGUGCAUAAUCGUGAAGACGAAGCAGGCCGUGCUGGUGGCCGAGUACACCGCACCGAACCAAGCGCCUGAAGCGACGCCCGUCGUAGAGAACCUGGCCGAUUACCUCAUCGGCGUCGGCUACUGA